AUGAAUAAAUCUAAGCUAGCAAUCGGACUUUUAGUCGUUGGCACUCUGACGGUAGUUUUUGGAACAGUUAUUGUUUUCGUUGGACCAAUCAUUAUCGACAACCAAAUAGUCAAGAACUUAGUGAUAGACCCUAAGAAUGAGAUGUCCUACACCAUGUGGAAGGAUGUCCCUGUCCCCUUCUUUAUGACUGUCUAUUUCUUCAAUGUCCUGAACCCUACUGAAGUCCUGGCUGGAGAGAAACCCAUGGUGGAGCAGAGAGGACCCUACGUAUACAGGAAGCGUAUUCAGAAGCAGAACAUCACGUUCCAUCCAAACCACACAGUGUCGUAUCUUGAAUACAGGAGCUACUUCUUUGAGCCCAGCAUGUCAGUGGGCAAUGAGUCGGAUGUGGUCACCAUCCCCAACAUGCUUGUGUUGGGUGCAGCAGUGAUGAUGGAGGACUUGCCGUUCGCAGUGCGUCUGAUGAUCAGCACCACCUUUAAGACCUUUAAUGAGGGACCUUUCCUCACCAAGUCUGUAGGAAAGCUGAUGUGGGGCUACGACAGCAAGCUGGUGGACUUCCUCAAUAAAUGGCUCCCUGGGAUGCUGCCCUCCACUGGCAAGUUUGGCCUUUUUGCUGAGUUCAACAACUCAAACACUGGUUUGUUCACAAUCCACACCGGCAAAGAUGACAUCAGGCUGAUUCACAAAGUGGACUCAUGGAAUGGCCUGACCAAGUUGACCAAUUGGAAGACUCCUCAGUGUAACAUGAUCAACGGUACAGCAGGACAAAUGUGGCCUCCCUUCAUGACUAAAGAGUCUACACUGCCCUUCUACAGUCCUGACGCCUGCAGAUCUUUGGAGAUGGUGUACCAGCGUGAGGGGAUAAUGGAGGGGAUUCCUCUGUAUCGUUACGUGGCUCCUAAGACUCUGUUCGCUAAUGGCUCAGACUACGCUCCUAACGAGGGAUUCUGUCCCUGCAGACAGUCUGGCCUCCUCAACGUCAGCAGCUGCAGAUCCAACUCCCCAGUGUUUAUCUCCCACCCGCACUUCUACAAUGCUGACCCUGUCCUGCUGGACUAUGUACAGGGACUUCAGCCUACUGAGGACCAACAUGGACUCUUCAUAGACAUCCACCCUGAGACUGGUGUACCUCUGAAUGUGUCUAUCCGUCUGCAGCUCAACUUGUACAUGAAGAAAGUGUCUGGGAUCACGGAAACGGGGAAGAUCUCAGAGGUGAUGAUGCCCAUGAUGUGGUUUGAGGAGAAUGGUUAUAUCGACGGUGAAAUCCUGACCACGUUCCACACUAACAUGGUGGUAUUGCCAAUGGUGAUGGUGUACAUGCAGUACUGUUUCAUAGUCCUGGGCCUGGCCACCAUACUGGGGGUUGUACUACUAUACUACAGGAAGAAGAUUAUAAGAUGUGAGAGGACUGUCAUACAGGACACCAACGGGAGUGCUUCACCCAGCGAAGAAACCCCUCUACUACAGCACUGGGUGGACACAGAUAGCAGUCUAGCCCAGUGCUGCAGGGCUCUGUGUUUUGAGACUGGAACCCUAUAGCCACUGACUGACAAUUCUCUCUCUCUCUAUAUAUAUAUAUAUUUAAAAAAUCACACACACACUACCGGUCAAAAG